GGAAAAUGGGAAAGAGCUUGUAGAAGACGCUCUUAGUUUCGCGAAGCCAGGUUAACACCACACCAGAGCUCUGACCUCUUGCCUGCAAUCGACUUUUGGCUAACCACGCAGUGGGUUUCGGCGUUUCGCGAGCAAGGGUCGUGGAAGGUUUCGCAAAUGGAGACUCUUCCGACAGAAGAUUCGCAGCCCAAUACAGCGCCGGAUUCGGAGGACUCCUCGAUUUUCAGCGUCCGGAUUGUGUCGAUCGACUACUACAUGGCGUCUCCGAUCCCGGAUUUCGAUGUCUGUUACAGCAGCUUUCAAGGUGAAAAAGUGAACGUGGUUCCUGUAAUAAGAGUAUAUGGUUCAACUCCUGCUGGUCAAAAAACUUGCUUACAUGUACAUAAGGCUUUACCCUAUUUGUAUGUACCAUAUGCAGAUAUUCCGAUCCAUCCAACAUCUGAAGGGGAUGCGUUUACAAAUGCUGUAGCUCUAGCCAUGGAGAAAGCCUUGAAGCUCAAAGGCAAUGCAGGCAUGAGACGGCAACAUGUGCAUGGUUGCAGCCUUGUACGAGCAAGGAGAUUUUAUGGUUAUCAUGCAUCUGAAGAGCUGUUUGUCAAGAUAUACCUCUAUCAUCCGCCUGACGUCUUGCGUGCUGCCAAGCUUCUUUUGGGAGGGGCAGUAUUUGACAGAAGUUUGCAGCCGCAUGAAUCGCAUAUUCCCUAUCUUCUUCAGUUUUUGGUCGACUAUAACUUAUAUGGGAUGGGUCUUCUUCAUCUAAUGAGAAUAAGGUUUCGACAUCCAAUACCAGAUAUUUUUGCCCCAAAGAGAUGUAGUUACAAUGAUCAAGGAGGACAGGUUGUCUUGGCUAGGGAUGCCCACCUGGAGACUCCUGUUUGGAUAUCAUCUACGAUCCCAGGAAGUUGGAGGUGGCAGCCUCUGGGUAGCUUGGAUGCUUCGUCUGGAGACAUGGCUAAACGUCAGAGCACGUGUGAACUGGAGGGAGAUGCUGGCAUAGAUGAUAUUGUCAACCAGCAGUUCAAAACAUAUACAUCUCUUUCUCAAGCUCGUUCAGAUGUGAAAAUGGUCCAAUCUCUUGUGCCAAUUUGGGAGGAGGAAUUUGAAAGGAGUGGGAUGCACGAGGCAGCACUACCGCCUGAUCCUGGAAAACCACGCCCUGAGGAUGUUCUGAAAGUUCUCUCACGUGGUCUUGACUUGGAAUACAAGCUGUUGGAUCUCUGUUCAGGUGUUGUAAGUUCAAGCACCCCAGAGCGAAGUAUGAGGCCGCUGAGCUUGAGAACAGCUCCCCUUGAUGAUGGCAAUUUGACUGAGUUAGCCCGUGCCGAAUCAAGUUAUGCUGGUAGAGAUCUUUUGCUGCAUCUUGAGGAACAGGCUCUGAAUGGUUUCCCCUCAUCAACAGAUUUGUUCUGUGGCGAUAGAAUGGUUGCAACAUCCGUCAAAGAAAAAGCUGCAUGUUAUGAGUUGUUGAAUGAAAAUAGAUCAUCUCAACUGACACAACCAUUGGGUGGGAAGGUAGUAGAUAAGGAAGUCCUUGGGCUUCUCAAAUGGCUUGCCACAUCCCAGGCUGCUGAAGACAUAAACUCGGAUGAUGAACUUGUUCGAGAGACCAUUCUGACUCCCCUUUUGCCCACAACAACUAUUGAUAAGGUGCUAGAAAAGGCUAAUAUCGAGUAUGAGAGUGAGUCUCAGAAAGAGUGUCAGGACAUUCUUGAUUCAAUCGAGGAUACGAAUGAUUUUGGCAGUUCAAAGGAAAGAGGAACUUCUUCUGCUUAUCCUGGUAGCCAUUCCCAAGCUUCAUCAGAGAAAAGUAUUCCCCAAGUUGAUGGCUCUAGUGAUGGUUGUUGCGAUUCUCCUUGUAAUGGGUUGGAAGAAGGUUUAUCUAAGAUGGAGAAGAAGGUUGAACUUAAGAAAUUCUUGCAGCAACAAGCUCUAGAUAAUAACAGCAAAAGUUCUUCCACUAAGAAAAGAAAGAACAGUUCAUUAUGGGGUAGUUUACCUUUUGCCAUGAUUCCCAAGGUCACAAACCACCCAGAGUUGAUGAGUCUAAACAUGAAUGAUGAAUCUUCUGGGGGCUGUGAGGAUCAAAAUUUGGAAUGUUCUAGUUCAUACAGUCAGAGAAGGUUGGACUUUCUUUCUGAUACACCAACAGAAAAAGCAGAAUCAGAUACUCAUUUACGGGAAGCAAGCGUAUUUGAGAGAUGCUCUGUUCGAGAUCUGAUGAGGAAAAAGCGAUGCCACCUUUCCAACCCCCUAGACUGCACUCCUCACAGUGGAAAAAGGGUAGAUGUGUUUGCAUGUCCUGAAGAGAUAGACUUGCUUGAGCAUGGCAAUGAGGAUGGCACAAGGCAGGUCAGAUCAUGUCCUGACUUUCAGAUAGAGUCAAACGAGGCUUGUCAAGGAAAUUUUAAUGUAUCUGGGACAGCACUAAAUGGAGGAUUCCUUCCAGUGGACGUAGUUAAAGUACCACAGCGGUCUUCCUCUGAGAUGCAUAAUUCUUUACAUCCAUUGUUAUUUAAUGAAGUUAACGAGACUCGAGGGCCUGUCCUCAACAGUAAGUCAGCAACUUCUGAUGUCUCCUCCUCCAGAGGUAAUAAGCUAUUAAGUAAGAUGGAAUAUCACUCCCAGGACAAACUUUCUCCGGAAAAACUGCAUUCAGUACGUGAGACAGCUAGUGCUACUGGAUCUGAGAUAUAUCACAGAAGUGUUCACUUAAAAAAAAGUGACCACGGGACAGGAAAUCUGAUGGCAUGGAAGGCAAUGCCGCAUGAGAACCUUGAGGCCAAUGAAGACACGAAUUUUACACCGUUAAGAGAAAGCUUUGAUCGUAGUGACGGUGAAUUGGGACAAGAUGUGGAUUUCUCAAGGGCUGUCACCUUAAUGCAGACAACUGUUGAUGCAUUAGAGAAACCUUCACCUUUAAUUGCCAUGACCCUCCGGGAGAAACCGCCUGUUGCUGACUGGGGUAAUGAGGCUCCCGAACAUCUAAUGCCCCUGAAUGGUAAAAUUAAGCAUUCUCACUCCAUGGUCAUGGAACAUGAUGGGCAUGAAGGAACCUCAGGGAGAGCUUUGGAUGAAAUUCCUCCAUUCUUCGUCCAAGGCUUUAGAGAAGACAAAGAGGUUCAAAGUGGUGGCAUUACGGAUGGUGGCUCCAAUUACAAUCAAGAAGCUCAUGUGGGUGUCCCUACUCACUAUCAAAAUGAUGGCUCAUGCUUAUACCUUUUGACACCUGUAAUUUCACCUCCUUCUGCUGAUAUCAUAAAUGACUGGCUAUGGUGCAGUGAGAAAGGUGCUUCUGGAAAGAACUGUAGAGUAUUGAAGGAUUCUUUGCCUUUGGAAGGAUCUCCAGUCACCCCAAUUCAUUCACAAGAAACUUCCCAAGAUGAUGUCAAUGGGAUUGUGCCCGAAUCUGGUUCUUUAUCUCAUUGUAAGCCUUCUAUAAUGCAAGUUAGUCAGGAUAAGUGUGGAAAGCUAGAGGCGGAAGAGGAGUCAUCUCAUAGUGAGACAGCGACAUUGUUCAUCGAUGGAAAAAGUACUGCUAGAGUGAAAUCACACCACUGUUCUCAAGAUAUCUCGCAGAUUUCAGGUCCAGACGGAAAAUCCAGAUCUACACCUUUCAGUCAAUUAGGAUUUCGAGAUCCUGCAAGCACUGGGGGAGGGCAACAGCUUACAUUAUUGAGUAUAGAGGUUCAAGCAGAAUCUAGAGGAGAUCUCCAUCCAGAUCCUCGAUUUGACGCUAUCAAUAUUGUAGCUCUUGCUGUUAUGAAUGAUCAGGACUCUGUUACUGACGUAUAUGUGCUGGUUCACUGCAAAACUGAUUGUCAAAGGAGUCAUGAUGGAGUAUCCAGCUGUGAGGUUUUAGUGUUUCCGCAAGAAAAUCAAUUGUUGACCCACUUUGCUAAGAUUGUAAGCAAGCUUGAUUCAGAUAUAUUGGUGGGAUGGGAUGUUCAAGGUGCUUCUCUUGGUUAUUUGGCUGAAAGGGCUUCAUACCUGGGAAUUGGUUUGCUUAAUAUGAUAUCUCGAGUUCCAUCGGACAGCAAAGUUUUUUCUGGAGAUUCAGAACUCAUUGACGAAGGGAUGCCAGAGAAUGCACCAACUGAACCUUUGAUGUUUGAUUCCGUACAAACAGGAGGUGCUGUUAUUGAAGAUGAGUGGGGUAGAACCCAUGCGAGCGGUCUUCAUGUUGGUGGUCGAAUUGUCUUAAAUGUUUGGCGCUUGGUGCGUGGUGAAGUUAAGCACAAUAUGUAUACAGUGGAAGCUAUAGCUGAAGUUGUUUUGAGAAGGAAAAUUCCCUCAUUUCAGCACAAAGUACUGACAAAAUGGUUCUCUAGUGGGCCUGGAAGAGCAAGAUAUCGUUGUCUUGAAUACAUGAUCGAGAGAGCAAAGUUGAAUGUAGAGAUUAUCAAUCAACUUGACUUGGUCAACCGAACUGCAGAGCUUGCCCGCGUCUUUGGUAUUGACUUUUUCUCUGUUCUUUCUCGAGGUUCACAAUACCGUGUUGAAUCUAUGUUCCUCAGGUUGGCUCAUACUCAAAACUACAUUGCCAUUUCGCCUGGGAAUCAACAGGUUGCUUCACAACCUGCAAUGGAGUGCUUACCACUGGUGAUGGAACCAGAAUCUGGUUUUUAUGCAGAUCCUGUGAUUGUUUUGGAUUUUCAGUCUCUAUAUCCAUCAAUGAUAAUCGCAUACAAUCUUUGCUUUUGCACAUGCCUCGGAAAAGUUGUGCCUUCGAAGGCCAACACACUUGGAGUGGCUUCUUUUACAGCAGAUCAAUAUGUUCUGCGAGAUUUAAAAGAUCAAAUGCUGUUGACACCAAAUGGUGUUAUGUACGUGCCUCCAAAGGUACGUAAGGGCAUUCUGCCUCGUUUACUGGAGGAAAUAUUGUCAACCAGAAUAAUGGUAAAGCAAGCAAUGAAAAGAUUGGCAUCUCCACAGCAAGUGCUUUACAGGAUUUUUAAUGCGAGGCAACUUGCUUUGAAGCUAAUAGCCAAUGUGACUUAUGGCUAUACUGCUGCGGGUUUUAGUGGCCGCAUGCCCUGUGCAGAGCUUGCAGAUAGUAUUGUUCAGUGUGGCCGCAGAACACUAGAAAAUGCAAUUUCCUUUGUAAAUGCAAAUGACAAGUGGAACGCAAAGGUUAUCUAUGGAGAUACUGAUAGUAUGUUUGUCCUCUUGAAAGGACGAACUGUCAAGGAUGCUUUUCGAAUUGGUCAAGAGAUUGUCUCUGCAGUAAAUGAGAUGAAUCCAAAUCCAGUUGCUUUGAAGAUGGAGAAAGUCUAUCACCCUUGUUUCCUCCUUACAAAGAAACGUUACGUAGGUUACAGCUAUGAGACUCCCAACCAAGUAGAACCUCUUUUUGAUGCCAAAGGUAUCGAAACAGUACGCAGAGAUACAUGUGGAGCAGUUGCCAAAACUAUGGAGCAAUCUUUGAGGAUCUAUUUUGAGCAUCAAGACAUUUCCAAGGUUAAGGUAUAUUUAUACCGCCAGUGGACAAGGAUUCUGUCUGGAAGGGUAUGUCUUCAGGAUUUUGUUUUUGCGAAGGAAGUUCGAUUAGGUACUUACAGUACAAGGCCUUCGUCAUCACUCCCACCUGCAGCAAUUGUUGCAACAAAGGCAAUGAGAGUCGAUCCCAGGGCAGAACCACGUUAUGCGGAAAGAAUACCAUAUGUUGUUGUCCAUGGGGAGCCAGGGGCACGCUUAGUGGAUAUGGUUGUUGAUCCCAUGGAGGUUUUGGAGAUUGAUUCACCUCUUCGACUCAAUGAACUGUAUUAUAUAAAGAAGCAGAUUAUUCCAGCUUUGCAGCGAGUAUUUGGACUUGUUGGUGCUGAUCUAAACAAAUGGUUUUCAGAGAUGCCCCGUCCUAUUAGGGAAAAUUUUGCAAAACGUCCCAUUAGUUCACCUAAUCCACAGCGAAAACGAAUUGAUUUCUACUAUCUUUCGAAACAUUGUAUACUUUGUGGUGAGCUGGUCCCGACAUCAACGUAUUUGUGCAAUAAAUGUUCACACAAGAGGCCAGCUGCUGCAACAGCUUUAGUUGGAAGGACAUCAAGAGUGGAGAGAGAGAUGCAACAUCUUGCUGCAAUUUGUCGGCAUUGUGGUGGCGGGGACUGGAUUUUGGAAAGUGGAGUGAAGUGCACUUCACUCGCUUGUCCAGUGUUCUACGAGAGGCUCAAAGUUCAGAAAGAGCUUCGAGGCCUUUCCGCCGUGACCAAUGAGGCAGGCUUGCACCCGAAGUGUAUGGUGGAGUGGUUUUGAUUUUUGACCACAAAAGUCAGGUACCCUUUUGAGAGUGAACAGGAUCAACGAAGUGCCAGAAUCUUUGCCGCUUUCAGCUGUCAGUGGAUUCGCUUUCUGUUUCUUGUCAAGGUUCUCAGUUUGUUGGUGUGAAGUCGUCGUUGAACUUUCAUCCCUCGAAUCUGUCGAUUCAUCUGAAGUUGGUUGAGGGGAUAGAAGAGCAUGUAAGCCUAGGUUGUGAUGUUCAAACAUCGAAGAGGACAACGAAGGACUCGUCCUCCUGCUUCUCAUGGCGAGCCCUGAGCUGGAGGACACUCGGGCUUUUUCAAAGCAAAUGAGUUUAACCAGCCGACGGUGCUUUGAGUUCGCACGGGGAGCUGCUGCGAAUUGGCUGCAUGUGCAAUUAGAGAGAUCUGUAAAUGUGUGUACAACAC